AUCUACUAGCGUGGCCUCAUACCCUCGUUCUGUCUUCUCACCGUUCAACCGCUUCUUUUAAAGAAUCUAUUUCUUUCCACUUCAUAUCAGUGUGAGAGCAUUUAGUUGGAUUGUUGUCGUGGAGAAGCCGAAUUCGAGUCAGAAUCCAAGUCAUGGAAGAUCAAAUCGCGAGACGGAGGAUGAACAUCAUCGCCAGUCAUUUUACAGCAACGAACGAGGAAGCAUUAUCCCCCAACCAUAUCUUUCCUUUGAACUGCAGCAGCAGUCUAAACUCCAUCAUCAGAAGGCGCGAUAAUAGAACGCUUUUCGCUCGCCAGGGUUCCAUCUCUCAAGGUUGUUUUAUGCGAGAGGUUUCGAUCAAACAGGAAUUCGGGCACAGCAGCUCACUUCAGGAGGGUAUGCCUCUCAAGUCCUCUGGCCUAGAAAAUGAAAAAAACUCUUAUGAACUUCCUGGGGCGCCCUUGUUUGCUAGACCGGCACAAACAGACAUUCAUAUCUCGCACGUGGGAGAUCAUCAACCUGUGAAACAAGAAUGCGAAUUAUCUUCGAUUGAGCCUCCUGUGUUUGCUAGGGGGAGUAAAGGGAUGGUUGGACAAAAACAGCCUUCUGUCAAGAUGAUAAGACAUGCUGCCUGUUGUGAUGGUUUCGAAUGGUCACCACGAAUGGACAUUGCAGAGUCAGGGCGUAAUUAUGUUGUGACAGUAGAAAUUCCUGGUGUCAGUAUGGACGGCAUAAGAGUGGAGGUGGACAGCCGCAACCUGACUGUCACGGGUAAACGGUCGAUUCAGUGGUGGAGAGUUGCAAAUGUUUCUGUCAAUUCAAACCCGACUUAUCAUCGAAGGGAGAUUUUACAAGGUCCAUACCAGGUUGUUUGGCCACUUCCUGAUGAUGUGAACAAGGAUAGUGUCUCUGCAGAGUUUGUAGAUGGGUUUCUUCAAAUCACCCUUCCUAAACUCUGAUCAUAUGAAAGGCGGUGGCGGAUGCAUAUAUAUGAGUAUUCUAUUUCCAGCAACUAUAUAAGUUAUGGUGAUGUCUGCAAGUCUCUGUACGUAAUAAAGAACCUUUCGAAAGGCCCUCUAUUAUAAUUGCAUGGGAACACAAAACUCAGGUUAUGAGCAGAUAUAAAAGAGACAUUAAGAUGCACAUGGUAUGAAAAUGUGCAUUGUUUGUGGAUGUGUAAUAGCCUCUUUCUACUCGGAAGCACUGGCAAUGCUUUUGUCUCUAAGUUUGAUACGGUAUGGUAUGGAGUGCAAUUUUAUCUUA